AGGGAGAGAAAUACACAGUGACACAUAUGAUAUACCUCUUCUGCUCUCUUUCUCUCUCUAAAAACACCUCUCCUUCGAGCACCACCUCUGCUUCUGUUCGUUGCAAACUCUUCUGCGUCGCAUUCUAGGGUUAGGGUUAGGUUUCGGUUGGAGUUCUUGUUGGUGUAUCAAGAAAUCGUGCAGUGGAUGUUACCGGAGGUGGAAUAGUUCUCAAUGGCGACAGCGCCGGUGAAGUCACAGCCUCUACACAACUUCCCUUUGUCCUUCUUGAAAUGGGGGAAGAACCAGAUGAACAAUCAUCGGUGCAGGAAGCCGGUGGAUGCCUCGCGGGAAUCGCCACCGGAUGGCCGGAAGAAUGAGUCCGAGCCGGACUCUGACGGCGGGUCCAAGAACGAGUCUGAUUCGGAGAACAGGAAGCUGCCUCUCGGAUCGAGGACGGCGCGGAGCCGUCAUGCGGUUGCUUCGCCUUCUCCGGUGGAGAAGGCGCAGAAGAAUCAGGCGUUGGUGGAGAGAGAAGGCGGGGAAGUAGAUGAAGGUGAAGGAGAAGAAUCAGUACAGAAGCCGUGGAAUUUGAGGCCUAGAAAAGCGGUUUCGAAGAGUCCGAUUGAGAUCGGAGUGGCGCCUAAGAAUGGAGAGUUGCAGGAAGCGGUUCCUGGAGUUCCGCACAGUGAGAAUCAGCCGAAAUCGCUGCGACUGCGUGGUUUCGCUGAAUCGCAUAGCUCGGAGAAGAAGGAGAAAAGGAAGUUUUGGAUCUCCCUCUCCCGAGAGGAGAUUGAGGAAGACAUCUUUGUGAUGACUGGAUCGAAGCCUGCUCGGAGACCGAAGAAGAGAGCGAAGAAUGUACAGAAGCAGCUUGACAACGUUUUUCCUGGAUUAUGGCUGGUUGGGGUUACACCGGAUUCUUACCGACUUCCUGAUGCUCCGGCGAAGAGGUAGAUAUGUUCUCACCAGAUGAUCGCCUAGUUCCAGAUAAAAAGAGGUAGAUAUGUUCGUUACAGGUUGUGAUUUUUAAAGGUCCUAAGAAGGUGGAAAGCUUGUCCCAGCUGUUGGAGUGGUGUUUCCACAGCGACUGUGACAUUGAAACCUCAGUUGGAGGUAUAAUGCACUGAAUUAUGUAAAGAGGAAAGGAAGUUAUGAAAAAAGGAAAGAUAUCUAAUUUCUUUGCUUUCAUUUGUUUUGGGAAUGGUGCUGGGGCAUGGUUUAGUUGGGUUUAUUUGUCGUAAGUAGUUUAAGAUGUAAACAUGAACAUAAAGUCCAGUGAAUAGAGAGGAUUUCAAUGCUUUUGGUUUUAAGGUGGUGUGAUGGUUUUAGUUUAUAAGAAUUCUGAUUUCCUAAUUAUUAUGAUAUUUGACAGACUUCCCUACUGAUUUGGGGGAGCAGAGUAGCAAGCAAGCAUGCUUGUUUGCAAAUCCUAAAUCAAUGCAGGAAACAUUAUUGGAUGCACUUCAUGCUUCCUCAUCUGGAAGAAUACUUCAAUUCAGUUAGCUUCAUCAAGAGGAACAUUCCCUAUGAGGUUGAGAGUUUCUAUUUGGCUCCAUCUUUCCCUUUUAAUAUUCGUUUUUACAUUGAUGGUCAUUGAUAAUUAUGAUUUGCUACAAAUUAUUGAUAUUAAGAGCUGAAAGCAUUCUGAAUGAUUUUGAUGAUUGGUAAGAAUAUAUGAAGAACUAGUCAUUUUCAUUGUAGAUGGCUGUAUUAUAUUUAGCAGAGCUGUUUAUUUGAGUAACUGUUGACUGUUCUUCAAUUCGGUGGCUUUCUGUAUCUUUUUCUGUUCUCUAGACAAUUUUGUUUAGAAAGGUAAGUAGAUUAUACUGCAUUAUGAUGGGGACAGCACACAAUUGCAUGCCAAUCUUCUCUGUGGUGUGGGAGUUGAAAAAUCUAUGAAGUCUUUGUUUCAUAAUUAGAUUAGUACCCUUAGAUGCUUGAGUAAACCAUUAUGUUCUCUAAGAGUGACAUUGGUUUUAACUGCUUUGAGUUAAUAAUUGUGAUGGUUACUUAGAAGAUAUGGAGAUUUACACAUAUCUGCAUUUGAGGUUGUAUGGUGCUUUCCCAUUUGGACAAUGUGGAUGUUAGAAAAUCUAUCAAAUUCUACUUCAUGUUAUGUUGUAAUUGCCUUGAGGUUUUUUUGUUAUUUGGACUCUUAACUUGUUUCCUUUGUACUAGCAAAUGUUGCCCUUCCCUUUUUGUGAUUUUGCCUUGAUUUCUUCUUUUUAAUUUGUUGAAUGGUUGGUUAUGGCCAAGCCCUAGCCUAUGCCUCACCUCACCAGAACCCCUUUUCCAUGCACUGUGAAGCUGCUGCCCUGCCUUAUAUUACCUACAGAAUCUCAAGCCCCUGACCUCUUUCAGUUAUCAACAGACCAGAGG